CCAAACUGAAGAGCCCAAGGGCCCUUGAGGGAAAACAAAUACUUUAGUAACACCAAUACCCCAGUUUUCUCUCUCUCCUCCCUCCUCUCAGCACUCACUAGAAAAAAAAAAAAAACCACAACAAUGGGGGGCUCGUCUAAAAGAUCCAAUGGCCCAGUCCUGUCCUUCCGCCGAUCAAACUCACGAUCCGAUGCCCUGGGAUCUUCCUCGCCGUCCGACACGUCGUCGUUCUACGCCUUCUCCACCGGUCCCAACUUCUACUCGUCUCCUCCGUCCCCCAACACGUCGUCCUUCUACGCCUCCUCGACCAGUUCUAACUUCUGUUCGUCGCCUACCUCCAACGCUUUCUUCAACCGCUCAUCUUCCCCCACCCGCGUCAACCUCCACGGCUUCGUUCCCCUGGCGCCGUCCCCAUCGGUCCGUUUCUCGAUCGACAGAUCGAGGUCUCCCAGCAGUUCGAUGGCCGUCUCGCCCCGAGAUCAAGUCGUCAAUAAGCAGAACGGGAAUCCUUUAAAAAAUCUUCCCAAGAGGACUUGCAUGUGCUCGCCUACGACCCACCCGGGGUCCUUCCGGUGCAGCCUCCACAAGAACAGCACCAACAGCCAGUCGGUUUCCUACCUGCCGAACCGGUUACACGCACGCAGGUCGGCCAUGGCGAAUUCUCUCGUUCGGAUCGGAACCGUCGAGGGAGACUGGACGAAACGCGCCCUUGCGCAACUGAUUCGGCCGUCGUCGCACCAGCAGCGACGGAGGAAUAAUUUUCAGCCGAGGCCGAGCCGGCUCUCGAUCAUGUCGAAAACGGACGAUCUUUGAUUAGGUUUACACAGGUUGGUUCUUUUGAUACAUAUAAAUCUUUUGUCUCCUCUGCAGUUUGGCGAUUCCGGCCGACGGCGCGGUCAGAUUCCGGCGAAGGUGUCAGGUUCCCGGCGAGUUUAUAGGGAUGCCGUUUUUGUACCACAGCUUCCCCAACCCCACUUGUACAUGUGAUUUGCAGCGAUUGAUUGCAAUUGAAGGACUUUUUGGACGUUUAAACAAUCAAAUUAAAGAACCGGUUAAGUGGGAAAGAAAGAAAAAA